UUUUAUACACCCGCCGGGUUCCUUCCUCCGGUGUCCUUCCGCGUCACCAAAAUGUAAAACCCAACGAAAUAUCAUUAACAGUAAUCGAAGCUGUCGCCUAUAUAUCCAUCAUCGGUCCAGAUUUCGAUCGGCAAAAAAAACAAAAACGAGAGCGACUGCGAUUCUGGUUAUCUUUGCAUUGAAGUCGGGACUAUAUGAUGUUCUCAGCACACAGACUGGGAUUGUGGGAAAAACCAUGUUGUUUUCUCCCAACCUGUAACUUUCGAAAGCACACCGGACUAUUAUUCUACAGCAGCUCAGGAAUCACCACCAGAAACUGCGCAUCUCAUAGUUUGGUCCUGUAAGACAGAGGAGACACAAGGAUGAAGAUGAUCUGCAGCAUCCUGCUGCUCCUCAGUCUGACCUCCUGUGUCUCUGGAGCAUUUGUAGUGAAUGUGACACAGACCUCCUAUCAGGCAGAGGAGAACCACAACAUCACACUGGAGUGGAUGUUCACAACCAGAACCAGCAGUUCCUCCAACUCACUUUAUAUCUACUGUGAACUGUUUGUUGAGCUCAAGGCCUCAGUCCUGUUUCAUCUCCGUGAAGGUGUUGAGCUCCCAGAGUCUCAGGAUGAACAGUUUACAGGACGAGUCCGGUGGGACAAAGACGUCCUCAGAGACGGACGAAUCAGACUUCACAUGUCCAGACUCAGGAUUAAUGACUCUGGUGUGUACCGGUGUGACGUGCAGACACGUUAUGGAAGGGGCUCUAGGAUAUGUCACCUCAAUGUCACAGGACCAUUUGUAGUGCAUGUGGAACAGUCCUCCUAUUGGGUAAAGGAGAACCACAACAUCACACUGGAGUGGAUGUUCCCAACCAGAACCAACAGUUCCUCCAAAUCAGUUGUUAUCCUCUGUUACCUGUUAGCUGAGCCCGAGGCCUCAGUCCUGUUUCAUCUCCAUGAAGGUGUUGAGUUCCCAGAGUUUCAGGAUGAACAGUUUACAGGACGAGUCCGGUGGGACAAAGACGUCCUCAGAGACGGACGAAUCAGACUUCACAUGUCCAGACUCAGGAUUAAUGACUCUGGUGUGUACCAGUGUGUAGUGCAGACAGGUGAUGAUUGGGGCUCUGAGAUAUGUCACCUCAAUGUCACAGCAGCUGCUGAUGAGCCCAAACCUCCGACACCAACAAUGAGACCACAACCAGAGAGUCCAACAGAGAGUCGGGGAAGGAUCGGCCUCUACGUUGUACUGACAGCAGCUCUACUGGUUCUCUGUGCUGGACUCUAAUUGGCCUUCCUUCAUAAAUCUACUGGUAAUAGAGGAAACAUCUAUACAGCCGUACAGCCAAUAAGAUCCUCAGAGGAACAACCCAUCACGUCUAACCAAGCGACAACCUCCAGUGCUGAGAUAAGGUCUUGUCUAGAAGGUAACCUCCAAGACCUAUCCUAACCUCAACCAUUAGAGGUCAAUACCUAACCUUAACCCAUCAUCAAUGAAUGAAGAGUUCAUCAUUAAGAUUUAGCUGUAAGUUGGUUCAGUUUUCCCUCCAGCUGUUAUCAAUCAUGUGUUUUAUGUUCUCUGUUUACUGAUGGAUAUUGUUACCUUGCACUGAAUCUCCUAAUGUUAACUUUAUAAUGUGUUCAUUCAUAUAAAUGUAGUGAUUCCUUCACUAUGGCCCUUUAGAGUUUUUAAGAUUUUAAUCUGUAACAUGUUUAUAUUUUCAUGGUUUUCAUCACUUAUUCUUAUACUAAAUGUCCUGACUGCAACAUUAUGAUAACGUUUUCCUUUUUAAAUUUCUAUAAUAUUUUGAAGACAUUUAAAUUCAUCUUUGAUCAAGCUUUGUGUGUCAUUGUAAAUAUUGAUAUAAAAACAUUUUCUAAAAA